GUAAACUUCAGGUAAUUAUCUAGACUACAGUCUGGAUAUUUUACUCGGUAAUUGUUAAGAUGGAACGAUGGAUUAGUUGAUAUAACUUACUUCUCACUACGUUAUUAUUUUACCCAGAUAUAAACUUUUAUAAUGCUAGAGAUUAUCAUGCACAAAAAUAUCAGCAAUAGAUAGCAUUCUGAUGAAGAUUUUUUUGUUGGAAUUAUGGAGACUUUAGGUGCAGGUACUAUAAAUGAAUUACGACAAGAAAUUGAAAGACUUAGUCGUGAACUUGACCAGGCUAGUAGUGAAAAAGUCCAGUCUGCUCAAUAUGGAUUGGUGUUAUUGGAAGAAAAAGAGAACUUGCAGCAAAGGUGUGAAGAGCUUGAAAGUUUAUAUGAAAACACCAGAAAUGAACUUGACAUCACCCAGGAAGCGUUGGCGAAAUUCCAAACAACUCAUAAAGUUACUAAGGAAUCUGGAAUCGAGCAGGAAGAAUCACUCCUUAGUGAAUCUGCUGCUAUGGAAACAUCUCUCAAUUCCACUAUCCUUGAUUUAGAAAAUGAUUUGAAACAGAUGAGGCAGGAGUUGGAUAGGGCAGUGGAAGAGAGAGAUAGGAUAUUACACGAAUAUAAUGAAUUAAAUAAAUGUAAAAUUGAAAUAGAGCGUGAAAGAAAGCAGAUAAGAUCAGAGUUAAAAGAAAUAAAGACUAGAGAAACUCGUCUUCUUCUUGAUUAUUCUGAAUUAGAAGAAGAAAAUAUUACUCUUCAAAAGCAAGUUUCAGGACUGAAGUCAUCACAGGUCGAGUUUGAAGGAGCAAAACAUGAGAUUAGUAGAUUGCAAGAAGAAGUUGAAGUUUAUCAACAACAGGUUGAUGAACUAACAAAACUCAAAAAGAUUGCAGAAAAACAGAUGGAAGAAGCUUUAGAAUCUUUGCAGGCAGAAAGGGAAGCAAAAUAUGCUAUGAAAAAGGAAUUAGAUCAUCGUAUCAACAGUGAAUCCAUGUACAGUUUAAGCAAUUUGGCUUUCAAUAUGAGAGCAAUUGGUGAGGAAGGUUCUUUGGGUAGUGAUGAUGAUGAUAUGCCAGUUUUAAAACGACUUGAUGACAUACAAAAUACAGUCCUUGCUUCCCCUGAUUCAAAACAUGUUGACCUUUUCAGUGAAAUUCAUUUAAAUGAACUUAAGAAAUUAGAAAAACAACUUGAACAGGUGGAAUCAGAAAAAGUAGCUCUUGCCCAAACAUUAAGGGAAUCUCAAUCUUCUUCUGAAAAGUAUCAGUCUGAGUUGCAGGCUUUGAGGAAUGGGUGCAUCAAAUUAGCAGAUCACAUCAAUUCUCUUCACCAUUUAGCACAUCAAUUAAACCCUCCAUUGGACAGCGCUACCUUAAAUCAAUAUCAAAACUGGUUUUGGCUAACUUCAAGUCAAAUUGAAAAUAUUCGCCAAGAAGUGGAACAAAUGGAAAACAAUUUGAAUUGCAAUGAUAUUACUACACAACUUCGGCAGGAAAUAACUAAUCAAAAGAAUAAGCUUCAUAGUACAGAUCUUAAAAUUGCUGAAUUACAAGAUGAAAUUAAAAAUCUUACAAAUGUAACUACUGAUGCCAACUCUUGUUUGGAACAAGCCCAUAAUGAUUUAACAAAUGUUUCUGAUGAAUUAGCUCAGUUAUAUCACCAUGUUUGCACUGUUAAUGGAGAAACUCCUACCCGAGUUUUACUUGAUCAUGAAAAACAUUCAACUUCAGGUGAUGAUUCAGCUGACAAAGAAAAGAAAGAGAAAAAUACUGAUGCUUUACCAGAUGCUGCUGCAGUGACAAGAAAUGUUGAAACUAUUCUUGAUCAAGUCAAACAUCUGAAAAUUGCUGUCAACCAUACUAUUGAAAGAAUAAAAGCUGGUUCUGGAAACUGUACUGAUCUUUCAUUGACUAGUAUGGGACAAGAAGAAAUUUGUGAGCUUCAAGAACAAGUUAUAAAACUUAAAUCUCUGCUUAGUACUAAAAGAGAACAAAUUGCUACAUUGCGUACUGUACUUAAAUCCAACAAAAAUACUGCUGAGUUUGCUUUGAGUAAUUUGAAGUCAAAAUAUGACAACGAAAAAGCAGUGGUAUCAGAAACAAUGAUGAAGUUAAGAAAUGAAUUAAGAAUUUUAAAGGAAGAUGCUGCUACAUUUUCUAGUCUUCGAGCUAUGUUUGCUGCAAGGUGUGAAGAAUAUGUAACACAAGUAGAUGAACUCCAAAGGCAGUUAACUGCUGCAGAAGAAGAGAAGAAAACAUUGAAUCAAUUGCUUAGAUUAGCAGUUCAACAAAAACUUACUCUUACUCAGAGACUCGAAGAAAUGGAAAUGGAUAGAGAAAUUAGAAACGUGCGCAGACCUGUCACAAAUAAUGCUAAUAGAGGUGGAGUCAAACCCCGUUUCCCUCAAUCUUCUCGUUCUCGAGAUUAUUUUUAGAAAUCAUAGCCAUUCUAUGAUUGGUGGAAGGAGGUAAUUACUGUAGAUCUCUUGUCUUUUUUUUACAGGAGAUAAAUGUUUAUCUCGCAUGUUGGGGGAUUGGUAUGCAAUUUACAUUAAAAUUAUGAUUUAGAUCAUUAAAAAAUAAUAUCAAAUUUUGGAAUCUGAAAACCGAUAAUUUCUAACAUAUAUAUUAAAUAGUUAUAUCCGCAGUGUUGAUUAUAUACUUAAGUUAUAAUAAAUUUUAUAUAAGAAUUUAUCACUUGAAUGAACUGCAAUAAGUUUAAGAUUUUCUUUAAAGCAAUUGUUUUGUUGUUUAUUACAUAUUUUCAUGCAAUUAUAUUUCUUAUGAAUAUGAAUAUUCAUUCAUAAAAGAAACUAAUUAACAGAGUUUUUUUGCAGUGCAGCUGAAAAAUGAUUAUUGGAGGAAAGAUGUUAUGGAUGUAGAUGAAGUAUUAAUUUUUUUUUUUUUUGAGAUGAAUAUUCAUCAGAAAUUUGCAUCAAAAUAUCACAUUUUUUCCCUCUGAGUAAGACAAAAAGUAGUGAUGUUGAAAAUUGGAAGCUAAAAUGGCCCUUAAAAAGUUUUAAGUUUGAUCAUUUCAAAAAAGCAUAUCCAUUAUGCCCCUAAGAAUUAAUUUCAAAAUUAAAUAAAAAUAAAUGAUUUCCUUUUCAUUCAGACUAUCCUCUAUGUUUGAAAUUAAAAUCUCCCAGACUUUGCUAGUUAAAUAUCCAAUAAAUUAACCAAAUAUUUUGCUAUACUCUGUUUUGGAUAAUUAGGUUAUUGCAUUAAUUGAUUGAGCAUUAUUUUUAAAAUAAAUACUGUGAUUUUUCUGAUACA